UUAGCAAGGCGUUUGUUUACCUUACACUGCUACGGUGGUUAACCAUUACCUAUUUUGCCGUGUUUUCUUAUGGAUCCGUGAUACGAACAGGACAUUACAGUCUGAAAUGCAGAAUGCAGUCCUUCAGGACCUCCUUUCACUGAAAACAGCUUUGGUUAUUUUUUAUCAUGACAGAGUGGAGCACACCACACUUGAAAGUCAUUCUUAUUGGAAACUCUGGAGUGGGAAAGUCUUCAUUUAUGAGCCGGUUCGUCCACCAUCGCUUUACUAACUUGUAUCGUGCCACAAUCGGGGUAGAUUUCCUUACGAAAGAAAUCACUAUUGAUAAAAGAUCAGUGAUUCUUCAGAUCUGGGACACUGCAGGAACAGAGAGGUUUCACUCUCUGGGUACCACACUGUACCGUGGAGCUCACUGCUGCCUUCUAGUGUUUGAUGUUACCUCAUCCGUCUCCUUUGAUGCACUAGACGUCUGGAAGAAAGAGUUCCUGGUGCAGGCAUGUCCCUCGGACCCCUCUGCAUUCCCUUUCAUAGUCCUCGGCAAUAAAAUUGACCUGGAUUAUCGUGAGGUGUCUUCUAGCAAAGCCCAGCAGUGGUGCACUGAAAUCGGAGCUGAAUAUUUUGAAUGUAGUGCCAAGGAAGACAUUUGCGUGGACACCACUUUUCACAGUGCGGCACGAGCAGCCCUGCAGUAUCUCAUAAGACACCAUGUGGAAAAUGGAGAGGACAUCCAGAUUACACAGAAACAACAGGAGAAGCAGCCAAAUAAAAAAUGCUAUUGUUGAAGCAAAGCAAAAAACUGAUGUGCUACUCUUCAGUGUUAAGGCCCGUUCACACCAAGAAGGAUCAUUAUGAUAACUGUAACAAUAAAUGUUCUUGUUCUGAGAAAAA